UAGGUCGUUAUGAUUGUGUGGCAGCGAAGCGUUAGUUCAGUACUGCUGUUGAUGAUGAUGGUGAUUUCUCAGGGUGGGGUUCAAGGCCCCUGGCGGUUGACAUUCAUUUAAUCUCACCACGUUGUGACCAAUCAUUGGUGCAUAUUGUCUUGCUUUCUACUUUCCCAGGCUAAUGCCGUCUUAGCGGCCCCCGGCUCUCGUCUGGCUGAUCAGCCUUUCGCCCACACUCUAGCAGUCAAAGAACUGGUGUCCACCACCCAUCGUGCCCUAUGCGUCACACUCGGACGCCCAAGCCAAAUGCGACAAUUUAAGGAGAACGAGCCGUCUUCGGGUUUGACCUUGAUACAACAGCUCCAAACGUAUCUGGCCAAUCUGGACACCGAGUCUAUUCUGUUGCGUCAUAUUCAGAACGGUGUGCUGAAGCACUGGCGGUCGAUGCAUCAGCUGUUGUUUGAACAAUACUCUAACGAAGACCGCAUGAUUAUCGCUUGCCCUACAGAGAGCCAAAUUCGGUUGUUGCUCCAACGGCCCUGACGAUUUUCAUCUAACCGCACCUGCGGCCCCCAACCCUCGUGUGCAAAGCAUGCGAACAACCUGUGAUACUGAACUCUUUCUUUUUCUCUAUAUUAUCAUUAUCAUCAUCAAUACACAUUGGUUAUGUGGAUGAAACAUACAGCUAAUAUGCCACAGUAUAACAUAUGAAUAAACAGUUGUGGAGUUUAAUGCCAAGAACUUGUAUCAUGGUUGUUUGAAGUGAG